CCGGCCUGCGGGAGGAGACGCGGCUCGACCCGGCCCGGGGCGCACCCGGGCCCCGCUCCCCCAAGCUGGCGGCCCCGGUGCGCAUGGAGGAGCCCGCGCCCGGCGCCAUCGUCGUCCGCAUCGGCAUCCCCGACCUGCAGCAGACGAAGUGCCUGCGGCUGAACCCCGACGUGCCGGUGUGGGUGUCCAAGCAGCGCAUCCUCUGCACCCUCAACCACAGCCUGAAGGAUGUCCUCAACUAUGGCCUCUUCCAGCCAGCCUUCAACGGCCGCGCCGGCAAGUUCCUGGACGAGGAGCGGCUGCUGCGGGAGUACCCCCUGAACCCCGACACCCCUGUGCCCUACCUGGAGUUCCGGUACAAGAGGCGUGUGUACACCCAGACCUUGCUGGAUGACAAGCAGUUUGCCAAGCUCCAUACCAAGGCAAACCUGAAGAAGUUCAUGGAGUAUGUGCAGAUGCUAAACGUGGAGAAGGUCUGCAGGAUGCUGGAGAAGGGACUGGACCCCAACUUCCAUGAUCCAGAUACUGGAGAGUGUCCCCUGACGGCGGCAGCCCAGCUGGAGCUCAGCAGUGAGAUGCUCAAGGCCCUGCGCAACGGUGGAGCCCACCUGGACUUCCGCACGCGGGAGGGGAUGACGGCGCUGCACCGCGCCGUGCGCUGCCGCAACCACGCCGCUCUGCUGACCCUGCUGGACCUGGGUGCCUCUCCAGACUACAAGGACAGCCGGGGGCUGACGCCCCUCUACCACAGUGCCAUGGUCGGGGGGGACCCCUACUGCUGCGAGCUGCUGCUGCACGACUAUGCCCGGCUGGGCUGCGUGGACGAGAACGGCUGGCAGGAGAUCCACCAGGCGUGUCGCUACGGCCACGUCCAGCACCUGGAGCACCUCCUGUUCUAUGGAGCUGACAUGGCUGCCCAGAAUGCCUCAGGAAACACUGCCCUCCACAUCUGUGCUCUCUACAACCAGGAGAGCUGCGCCCGGGUCCUCCUCUUCCGCGGGGCGAGCAAGGAGAUCCGCAACUACAACAGCCAGACAGCCUUCCAGGUGGCCAUCAUCGCAGGAAACUUCGAGCUGGCUGAGAUCAUCAAAACCCACAAAGAGUCUGAUGUUGUGCCUUUCCGGGAGACCCCCAGCUACACCAAGCGGCGCCGGCUGCUGGGCGCGACCCUGUCCUCGCCGCGCGUCCUGCAGCGCUCGGCCAGCGACAACAACCUGAAGGUGGACACCAGGGGCUCCUACUCGCCGGUGCCCUCGCUGCGCAGCCUGCCCCCGCAGCUGCUGGCGCAGAUGCAGGAGGCGGCGGGCACCGCGCUGGGUGCCGACGGCAGCCUGGCCAGCUCCGGCAGCGCCCGCAGCGCCCACAGCCGCUCCCCGUCCCUGCAGCGCGUCCAGGAGGAGAAGGAGGCCGAGAUGCCAACCCUGCGCCGCGGCAGCCGUGGCAAGGCAAGCCCCGGCGGCCCGGCGGGGCCCCCCGGCCCCGGCCCCGAGCCCACACCGCACGCCGCGCCCGCUCCGCUGCGCGGCCCCAAGCGGAAGCUGUACAGCGCCGUGCCCGGCCGCCGCUUCAUCGUGGUCAAGAGCUACGCGCCGCAGGGCGAGGGCGAGAUCCAGCUCAACCGCGGCGAGGCCGUCAAAGUGCUGAGCAUUGGCGAAGGAGGCUUCUGGGAAGGCAGCGUGAAGGGCAGGACCGGCUGGUUCCCGGCAGAAUGCGUCGAGGAGGUGCAGAUGAGGCAGUAUGACCCACGGCAAGAAACCAGAGAAGACAGAACCAAGCGUCUCUUCCGACACUAUACUGUGGGCUCCUACGACAACUUCACCUCUCACAGUGACUACAUCAUCGAGGAGAAGACGGCCGUGCUGCAGAAGAGGGAGCAUGAGGGCUUCGGGUUCGUGCUGCGAGGGGCCAAAGCUGAGACCCCAAUUGAGGAGUUCACCCCCACCCCAGCCUUCCCCGCUCUGCAGUACCUGGAGUCAGUGGAUGUGGAAGGUGUCGCCUGGAGAGCAGGGCUGCGUACCGGGGACUUUCUGAUCGAGGUGAAUGGUGUCAACGUGGUGAAGGUGGGGCACAAGCAGGUGGUGUCCUUGAUCCGGCAAGGUGGCAACCACCUGGUGAUGAAGGUUGUGUCUGUCAGCCGCAAGCCAGAGUCAGAAGAAGUGGUUCGCAAGAAGGCGCCGCCGCCCCCCAAGAGAGCCCCCAGCACCACCCUCACCCUGCGCUCCAAGUCCAUGACCGCCGAGCUGGAGGAGCUGGCCUCCAUGAGGAGAAGAAAAGGGGAGAAGCUGGAUGAGAUCCUGGCCGCGGCCGAGCCGGCGCUGAGGGCGGACAUGGUGGAGGCGGACUCCAGGGCGGCCACCGUCAAGCAGCGGCCAACGAGCCGCAGGAUGACCCCCGCGGAGAUCAGUUCCCUGUUCGAGCGGCAAGGGAUGGCUGCCCACGCCGGGGUGCUGGCCGAGAAGCCUCACGUCUCGCUGCGCAAGGGCAUCCCCAGGACCAAGUCUGUAGGUGAAGAUGAGAAGCUGGCUGCCUCCCUGCUGGAUGGGAAGUUUCCCCGUAGCACAUCCAUGCAAGACACCGUCCGGGAAGGCCACGGGAUCCCCCCGCCCCCCCAGACAGCCCCGCCGCCACCUCCGUCUCCAUACUACUUCGACACGGGGCCUCCACCCUCCUUCUCGCCGCCCCCUCCGCCGGGCAGAGCCUACGACACCAUCCGCUCCAGCUUCAAACCCAGCCUGGAGGCCAAGCUCCACGGCCUCCCCCAGGUCAUCUCGGCGGCGGAGAUGUACGACCAAGCCAGGAGCUCCAUCCCUUACCCCGAGAGGCAGAAGAGGGCCCGAUCCAUGAUAAUCCUGCAGGAUUCCUCUCACCUUCCCGUGGAGCCCACCGAGAUCCCCCGGCCGGGCCCCUCAGCGACGCCCCCGGAGAAGCUGAAGCGCAAGGGGCGGGUGAUUGACAACCCCUACGCCAACAUGGGCCAGUUCAACGUCAGCCUCUUCGCCCCCACCAAGCCCCAGAGGAAGAAGAGUCCCCUGGUGAAGCAGCUGCAGGUGGAGGACGCUCAGGAGCGAGCGGCCUUGGCCAUCACCGGAGGUUUCUCCAGGGAGCCUUCUCCCACCCGCCGCGGCCACCGCUUGGGCGGCGGCGGGGCCUUGGAGUACCAGCACCAUGCCAGCAUGGCCCCGGUGGAGGCCACUGGCAUCCCCUUCGCCACAGCCAUCACCGGGGUGAUGAAGGACCGCGACCGGCGCCUGGACGAGCGGCGCAAAUCCACCGUCUUCCUCUCGGUGGGGGCCAUCGAGGGCACCCCCCCGAGCAGCGAGAUGCCCUCCCUGCAGCAGUCCCGGUCCAUUGACGAGCGCCUGUUGGGCAGCCGAGACGUUCUCCUGCCUUCCCCCGUCUCAGCUUUAAAGCCAUUGAUCAGCAGCUCCUCCCCCUCCUCCUCCUCCACCUUCAUCCACCCGCUGACGGGGAAGCCCCUGGACCCCAACUCGCCUCUGGCGCUUGCGCUGGCCGCAAGGGAACGGGCCCUCUCCAGCCAGGUCCCAUCCCGCUCGCCCACCCCCAUCCACAGCCCCGACUCGGACCGCGCUGCGCCCCUCUUCGUGGACAUCCAAACCAAAGAGCCGGAGCGGGUCGAGCUGGAGGCCUUGGUGUCCCCUGCCUACUCACCCGUCGGGAAAGGCAUUAUCAUCGGGACUGAAUCCGGGACUUUGGCCCCCACCAAGAGCCCCUGGGGCACCCCAUCCACCUUGAGGAAGGAGGCUGAGGCCCGGGUGGAGGUGGCCGGCAAGGAGGAGAAGAAGCCGGAGGACAAGAAGUCCAUGAUCAUCAGCAUCGUGGACACCUCGCAGCAGAAGACCGCCGGCCUCAUCAUGGUUCAUGCCACGAGCAACGGCCAAGACGAGAUGAGCCUGGAGAUCAAAGAGGAGAAGCCGAUGGUCCCCGAAGGCCACCCGGAGCCAGCCCAGGCAGCCCCGGCAGAGCCCCAGCCCAGCCCCGUGGGGAAGCCCCCGGUCAGCCCGGCCUCAGACAAGACCUUGGGCCAAGGGAGCUCGGAGGAAGAGGUGGAACCCUACACGGUCACCCUCCCACCCGCCCAGCUGUCUUCGAGCGAUGAGGAGACCCGGGAGGAGCUGGCCAAGAUAGGGCUGGUGCCUCCACCGGACGAGUUCGCCAACGGGGUGCUGGUGACCACCCCGGGCACCCCGGUGAGCCAGCUGGCGCCGCCGGGCGUGCCACCCGUACCAGCGGCGGCAGUAGCACCUUCUCCCACCGGCGGAACAACAACACCCUCAGGGAAGCCUUCUGAAGCCCCUUUAGGCCCCGAAUCCGCCGCCGAUUCGGGCGUGGAAGAGGUGGACACCAGAAGUUCGAGCGACCACCACUUGGAGACCACAAGCACCAUCUCGACGGUCUCCAGCAUGUCGACCCUGUCGUCGGAGAGCGGGGAGCCCACCGACACCUACACUUCCUUUGCGGAUGGACAAACUUUUAUACUCGAGAAGCCACCAGUGCCUCCAAAGCCCAAACUCAAGUCCCAGCUCAGCAAGGGGCCAGUUACUUUCAGGGACCCACUUUUGAAGCAGUCUUCGGACAGCGAGCUCAUCUCCCAGCAACACGCGGCCACGUUGGCGUCCGCCAGCAUCGGCCGGCCACGCUACCUCUUUCAGAGAAGGUCCAAGCUAUGGGGGGACCCCGUGGAGAGCAGCAGGCCCCUCCACGGGGCUGACGACGACAAGCCAACUGUGAUCAGUGAGCUAAGCUCCCGGCUCCAGCAGCUCAACAAGGACACCCGCUCGCUGGGCGAGGAACCCGCCGGCUCCACCUUAGAUCCCGGGAAGAAGUCACCGGUGGUCGCGGCACGACUUUUCAGUAGUUUAGGAGAGCUCAGCACCAUCUCCCAGCGCAGCUCCGCCACCACCUACACGGUCCGGCCCGGCACCCGCUACCCCGUCACCCGCCGCACCCCCAGCCCCGUCAAGCCGCCUUUGGAGCGGGCAGAGCCCCUCAGCACCGUCCGGCCCUACGGCCUCACCCCUCCCACCAUCCUCAAAUCCUCCAGCCUCUCCAUCCCUCACGAACCCAAGGAGGUCCGCUUCGUGGUCAGGAGCGUGAGCGCCCGCAGCCGCUCCCCGUCCCCGUCCCCUUCGCCGGGGCCGCCGCCGCCGGGGCCGCCGCAGCAGCCGCCGCAGCCGCCGGCGCUGCACGCCCUGCACCCGCCGCGGCCCUUCAUGCAGAAACCCCUCCACCUCUGGAACAAGUACGACGUCGGGGACUGGUUGGAGAGCAUCAACCUGGUGGAGCACCGCGACAAGUUUGAGGACCACGAGAUAGAGGGCACCCACCUGCCCGCCCUCACCAAGGAGGACUUCGUGGAGUUGGGGGUGACCAGGGUCGGGCACCGCAUGAACAUUGAGAGGGCGCUCAAGCAGCUGGUAGACAGCUGACCGUGCCCCCCGCCCAGGGCCGCCACCACCACGGGCAGCACCACGGGGUGAGGGGUUUCUACCAGACCAAUAAAGCCCACACUUGGAUUCUC